AUGUCGGUCACUUCGCAGUCGGUAGCAUCAUUAUCGUCGCAAAUGUCCCCUGUGUCAUCAACACAGCGCACUGCCGAAGCUAAAGACGCCUUCAAAGCGGCGCUUACUUCUGUCGGUGCCAGCAUCGACGCCGAGCUGCAGGCCCGGGCGAAGAAUAUCCAUGCCAAUGCCAAAGCACUAACAAAGCAGGAGGAUGGGCUGCGGCAGGAGACCAAAGCCGUAACCAAAGAAAACGAUUCCAUUCAAAAGCUCCUCGAUCAAACAAGCAAAGAAGUGCAGGACUUCAGCGAGAUAGAUCGUCUCCUGGCAGACCUUGAUGGCGAACUAGGCAUGAUCGAACUUACGCUCCAGCUAGCCGAGGAGAGCGACGAAGGGUCUCCUCAGGAGUCAAACAAUCGCCAGGAUGUGACCAAUUGA